GUUUCUUCUCAAGGGAAAUUAAAACGAAACAUAUUUUGAGCUGUGAUAUAUGCUUGUUUGGCUUAUCACUCGCUGUGGACCACUGAUGGAUAAUGGCUACAACAUCAAGCACUUCCCUCGUUACCUCAUCUUCCUUACACUAACCGGUAUCUUGAGCCGCUGUGCAGCGUUCUUUUGCAUGGUAACUUUCCAGAAGAAGUAGCUUUAAGCUCCUUCUAUGCAUGUAAAACUAUACUGGACUAAUCAAUAGAGAACAUAGACAAACCACAAAGGUUUUACAAGAAGAAAGAAUACAUCAAUUGCUGAAGAUCAUGGCCUGGUACAAUGUUCAUAGGUAGUUCCAUCGUCAGAGUUCAAGAUUUUCUUAUCUGUAAUUCUUCAUGUUGUACAUCUUUCUAUUGUCUUAUAGAUAUAACGUAGAUCAUCAUCGUGUUGCAACUUGCUAUCAAUUAUGUUUUAUACACCAAGUAAAAAUGUAGAAGUACAUAGAAGAACCAAUGAGAAAACCUUCAAGAACUUCCAUUACUUUCUUGGCUUAAAAGUUAAUAACAAUGGUAAUUUGUUUUACUUUCAUCACCUAGAAUUUCAUAUUUCCAAAUGAGAUGACAUCAUUUGAUACAAAUUAUCAUUAUUAGUCUGGUACUAUACAGUGUGGAGAAGCAUUUAUUUAAGAACAAGGUAGAUCAGAAUGUAUUGAUUGUUUUUUGUUUAUAACAAAAAAAAGUAUGUAAAAGUUAAAUGAUUAUCCAAUUAAAAUAUUUUUUUUUGCUUACACAUUAAUCCUACAACUAGAUAUGCAAAUUGUUACGUAAUGAUUAGUGAGCCAAAAUCAUAAUCUCCCUUGUACUCAAACAACAAAUCAUAGCAGAAACCCAAAUAUGAAAUAUUUUAUAAUAAUGAAAUUAUUAUUAAAAAUUAAAAACCCACUACCCACCACUCUCUCUCAAGGACGGUUAAGAGCAUCAGCUACGAAAACUGCUUCUCGUCUUCCUUCACCAAACCCUCACAAUCGGUCGCUCUCUUCUUCAUCUUGAAGCCUAAGCCAAUCUAUACCUCAAUAUGUCCCAUUCUUCUUCUAUUAACCUCCUUCAUUACCAUUACCUCCCUCCUUGUCUAAAUCACUCUUCCUUCCGGUUUUGCGUCACUGCUCCAUCUUCAUCUCGUUGGUCUAGUCCCGACGACGACAUCUGCUCCAUCAUGGCCAUGCCCACCACAACUCUCCCUGGCUCCAUGUCUCCCUUCAAUGUCCCUCAUAGUGUUAGGACGAAAAGGCCAAAUGGGCAGCAGAAAAAGGAAGAAAUGGAGAAAGAGGUGUAUAUGUUACGGGAGAUGCUUGAUCAAGAAGAGAAGACACGUGAGAUCUUGGAGAGAGUCCAAAAACAUCAGCUUCCUUCAUCUUCUUCUGUUGCCCUUCCUGCUUCUCUCCCUCCCAAGAUGAAGGAACUAAUAACGGAACUUUCGAUAGUGGAAGGGGAAAUCUCAAGACUAGAGGUUCAGAUAAGCCAUCUCCAGAUAAAUCUCAAGGAAGAACAAGAUGAAACUUUGAGACAAGCAACAACAAGUUCAUCAAGAAGAACAUGGCAAGCUAGUGAGAGUGACAAUAAUGACUCUAUAACCUCUCAUCAAGCUCUGCCAAAGUACUCUAAUUUGCCACCUCCAAGCCCUAUGGUGGAUCAAUGCAUGAUGAAGAAUGGAAACAACAACACCAAAUCUUCUACUAAUCAUCGUCAAGAGAAUGCAACAUUUGAAACAAAGACUUUGCAUUUCAUCAACAAAGCCAUCAAAGGUGAUUACGUGACCCAAAGCUUCCACAAAUCUAAUGAGAAAGUUGGAUUAGUCAAGAAGGAAAAUCCUCGGUCAGUUCAACAAGAAAAUAAGUUGCAAGAGAAUACUAAUAUGAAGAAGAUGCUUAGGAGGAUGAAAUCGCCUUCUCCUCUACGUGAACCUAGAUACUCCUCUCCCAAGACUAAUAAGGAUCGUGUAGCACUUGAUACAUCACUAGACCUCCCACCAAAAUCUCUAUCAAGCACAAUUUUAAUGGAAGAUGGACAAAACAUACAGAAGUGGCAUCCAAACAAGCUCGCCGAGAACAUCAUGAAGUGUCUUAAUUUCAUCUACGUUCGUCUCCUUAGAACCACAAGAGUCAUGGAGCUAGAGAAAGAAUCAAGACAACAAGAUCCCUAUGGAGUAUUUGAUGUAGAAGCAUCUUUGGCUAGAGACAUUGGUCCGUACAAGAAUCUCGUCAUCUUCACUUCAAGCUGUAUGGAUUCCAAGUGUAUUUCGAGUUCUAGCUCGGUUUCUUUGAUCCAGAAACUCAGGGUGUUGAUGAACAAUCUUGAGACCGUGGAUUUGAGAGUGUUGAGCCAUCAACAAAAGCUGGCGUUUUGGAUCAACAUGUUCAAUGCAUGUGUUAUGCAUGGAUAUCUACAAUAUGGAGUUCCUAAAACAACUGAGAAACUACAAUCUCUUGUUUAUAAUAAGGCUACAAUAAAUGUUGGAGGCAAAAAUAUAAGUGCUCAUACCAUAGAGCAUUAUAUUCUACGGAAGCCUGCGAAUUCUAACAUGACUCAGGAUCGACACGAAGAAAUGAUUAUUCGUAAACUAUACGGUAUAGAAUCAACGGAUCCUAACAUCACAUUUGCUCUCUCAUGCGGAACUCGAUCCUCUCCUGCGGUGAGGAUAUACACCGGAGAAGGAGUAGCAACAGAGCUAGAGAAAGCGAAACUGGAGUACCUGCAAGCGUCCGUUGUGGUUACAUUGGCUAAACGGGUAAUCUUGCCUGAGCUUCUUGUAAAACACGCCGUCGAUUUCGUGGCAAGGGAUGAUGGCAACGGCGUAGAGAUGGGAUCUCUGGUGAAAUGGGUUUGCAACCAAUUACCAACGUCUGGUUCCUUGAGAAAAUCAAUAGUGGAUUGUUUAAAGAAUCAAAACUCCAAAGCUUCUUCUUCUUCAUCCUCUCUGGUGGUUGAAAAGAUCCCUUAUGAUUUUGAGUUUCAGUAUCUUUUAGCUAUUUGAAAAAUACUAAUUUGUUAUUUUUUACUGUUGGAAAUCUUGUGUUCAAUAAAAGUAUCAAAGCUUGUUUUAUUUUAUUUUUAUGGAUGAUUAUUAUACUGACAUGUAUAUGGUUUAUCUCGACCAGUCAACAUUUUAUGAUCA